AUGGUUAAAGCAAAAAAAUUAAAUGAUCCAGAAACUCCACUAAAAUAAAUAAAAAAAAGAAAUUUCAUAGAUCCUCAAUUUAAACUUGGUCUAAUAAAUAGUGUUGUGAUUGAUCAUCUACCUAUAUAUUAAGUUUUUAAUUUAUUAUAUUCUUUAGGCAGCAAUAUUACAUAAAAUCAAAUAUUCUUCAGCUAAACACAUUAUAAGAAAUUAUCUCAGCGAUAAAGAUAAUUUUUUCUCUAAAUAGAAAAAAAACAAAAGGGAAAUGAUUAUAAACAAUUUAAAAGUAAUAAUUGAUGUCAAUUCUGGGAAAAUUAAAAUCAUCAAAACUAAUCAUACUAUUUUGUAUAAAAAAUAAUAAUAAAAUAAUAAUUAAACUAUUAUUAACAAUAUCCUAUCAGAUUUAUCACAUUGCUUAUUAAAAGAAAUAGUGAGAUCAUAAAAUAGUCAUCUUAAAUAUCCAUAAUACUUUAAACUAAAAUUACCUUAAAUAUAUCUAUCAUUUGAUUAACAAUUAUCAAAAAUUAAGACCAUACUCAAUAUAUAACAUUAGUAAAUGAAUUCAAAAUGA